GCCUGUGUUGAGAUGCCACACUGAAGCUUCUUGCACAGAAGGGAGAUCAACUGGAAAAAAUGAGUGUUGACAGCAGUUCUCCACUGUGAGGAACAGGGUAGUAGCAGGAGCGGGCGAGUGAGGAGAGGGAGGAGGGAGCGAGAGUCUGAUAGAGAGAGAGAAAGAGAGAGAGAGCGACCUGAGCACUGAGACCCAGCCUCAGCCUCUAUUGUGGUAAGCAGGCAAGGGAAGGCGAAUAAGAAACGGAUUUUAAACCCAAAGGCGCAACCCUGGUCACUGCUGUGGAGACCCCCGAAUCCGGUGGACAAGGCAACAUGGAGGAGGAUAUGGAUGAAGGACAGACCCAGAAGGGAUGUAUGGAGUGUUGUCUGAAGUGUCUAGGCGGGAUCCCUUAUCCAUCUCUGAUUGCCACUAUCCUGCUGUAUGCUGGGGUGGCACUUUUCUGUGGAUGUGGUCAUGAAGCUCUGUCUGGAACGGUCACUAUCCUUCAAAACUACUUUGAGGUGAUCAGGGCACCUGAAGAUGCCUUGGAUGUCUUUACGAUCAUUGACAUCAUUAAGUAUGUGAUCUAUGGCAUUGCCUCUGCAUUUUUCGUGUAUGGCAUUCUUCUGAUGGUAGAAGGCUUCUUCACCAGUGGAGCCAUCAAGGACCUGUAUGGAGACUUCAAGAUCACCACCUGUGGACGCUGCGUCAGUGCAUGGUUUAUCAUGCUGACCUACAUCUUCAUGUUGGCUUGGCUGGGCGUGACAGCAUUCACCUCUUUGCCUGUCUUCGUGUAUUUCAACAUCUGGACCAUCUGCCAAAACACGACUGUUCCAGGGGGAGCAAAUUUAUGUUUUGACCCACGCCAGUAUGGUAUUGUGUCCCUCGGAGAGGAGAAGACUAUAUGUGCAACAACAGAUAAGUUCUUGAAAUUGUGUGACUCAAAUGAGCUGGAUAUGACUUUCCAUCUGUUUGUCUGUGCAUUGGCUGGGGCUGGAGCAGCAGUCAUUGCAAUGAUCCACUAUCUGAUGGUCCUGUCUGCCAACUGGGCCUAUGUGAAGGACGCAUGUAAAAUGCAAAAAUACGAAGACUGCAAGUCCAAGGAGGAGCAGGAGCUGCAUGAUAUCCACUCUACGCGCUCCAAGGAAAGGCUUAAUGCCUACACAUAAGACAGGAAGCAGCGGCAGGGGCGAGAGGACCCUCAGUGCCUUCACUUCCUGUUAAAGGGAGUUUUGGCACUGGUGCAGUCCAGGUGGUGUGUCAAACGAUGAACCCCAUGGCCAACCCAUUACCUCUCGCACAAUUAUUAUUAUUAUUAUUAUUAUUAUUAUUAUUAUUAUUAUUAUUAUUAUUAUUAUUAUUAUUAUUAUUAUUAUUAUUAUGUAGUGCUAGCAGUAGUGUUGUAGGUUUUUUCACAUUAUUGUAUUUCAGUUUUUAAGAAAUUGUGAAGAUUUUUUUCCACCACAAAAAAAAAACAUUUUUCUUUUUAAACUAAAUUUAACAUUAACGCAUAAAACAUUCUUAUGUAGAUGGGUGGUUUUGGGGGUAAAAAGCACAUUUUUCAUAUGUGUUUGUCUCUUAUGGUCUCAUUAUCAAGGACUUAAAGCAUGACAACAUUUUGGUAAAAAAUAAAUAAUCCUUUCUCUCUCUCUCUUUCUCUCUCUCCCUCUCUUUUCUCCGUCUUUUUUUAUUUGUUAGAAGGUAUAAAGCCCGACACCAGCAGAUGGCAUAAUCAUUCUGCAUUAUUUUGGUAAAAGAAAACUCAAAACUGAGAAAGACAAAAAACAAAAUUAAGAUAUAACAGAUGUAUCAUAAAGUGUUUAUUUAUUAUUUUUCUACAAAUGUCAUUGCAUAUCUUAUCAAGAUGAAUACAUAAUGGUUAUUAUUUGCUUGCUGUGCUAGUCAAAUGUUCAGGUAGUCCUCAGUGUGCCAGUGGGUGGCAUUGUUACUUCUCUGAGAGGGAGAGGAACAGGGCUACUUGUGAUCACUAUUUAAGCUUUUACAAUCUACCAGACUCCCUCUUCGAUAACAAUGCAACUCUCCCUUUACUGGCGGCAAGCUACAUAUGCACAAGCCUACAGCGUUAUGACCCCCACUUUUUGCUUUUCUAUAUAGAUGUAGACACAGUUAACAGGGUUUUAAUUUGACCACUUUUGUAUAUAGUCAUUCUGUAAAUGUAUGUACUUGUACGUUAGCACUUAAACUUCAGGUGAAAUCGUAUUAGAUUGACAAAACACAUUCCAUGACAGGAUAGGGUGGGGAGAGGGAGGGUAUUUCUUUUAAAAACCUAAGAAUAAAGGCAGAGGAGAAGCAAAAUCCAGGCGACACAUUAAUGUUUUAUGACAGAUAACGUAUUUUAGUGGGGAAUGAAAACAAUAUUUAAAGAGCUUAUAAUAGUAUCUUGAUGACAGUACAGUUACUCGUUGUCUUGCUAACAAGUCAUUAUAAUAUUGGACAAUGGAGAUGUCUUAUUCUUUCAAUGCCUGGCAAGUCAUGUUAUGUCAGUGUUUCUAAAAGAUAGUUUUGUGCACUUAUUUGACCAUUUUGUGAGCUCUUUCUCGGUGUAAGUGCAUUGGGAUAUCAACUGCAGAGUCAGGUCCCUGUAAUGUUAGGUAAAGACUGUGAACCUAAGUGUUAUUUGUGGCAUGGUCAUGCAUUCAAUGGUAAUCGUUUAACUGGAUCGAAAAUAAAUAAAUAAAUAAUGAUAUGGGUAAAAAUCAAAAAGAAAAAAAACAUUUCACCCUUUUAUGACUUUGUUAUAUGCGACUGUCUUGCUGGGUCAUCCCCUUCUUCAUAAUGUGCAGUAAUUUGAAUUAUAUGCUGAAUACAUUAAGCUGAAACUCCUUCUCUUUGAUGGUAGUGCUUGAUUUGUGCCUGUUUACGUUGUGGUGACCCUCUCUAACUCCUCCUGAGUCUCACAGUUACUAUUACUAUUGCUUGUUGAGCCCCUAACUUGAUGCUUUCUCUGUACCCUCACCUCUCUUUCUCUCUCUCUCUCUCUCAAUCUCUCUGUCCCAGUAUUAGUCUUUUGUACUUUCACUAAAGAAUGCUUAGUAGCCAGCUAUACCAUUAAUUUGUUUUGUACAUAAAUGUGCCAACCGCUUGACAGUGGCUUUUCUGAUCUGUAGGGACAAACUGCUUGCAUAAAUAAAAUACACUGGUGUACUUGUUAAUAAA